UGAUAAGUGUUAGUGUAUAUCUAUCCCUAAAUUAAUACUCUAAUUUUAGAAGCAACAAGCAAGUAAGUGGUAACCAUCCAAUAAAAUUGAGGUCAAGCGCAUCUCUCCAAUUACAAACAAUUUAACCCUCUACUAAGUUUCCUCACAAAAGUUUAUAAACAAAAACUUGAAUUAAUUAGUUUCAUAAAAUUAAACUAAAUCCAUAUAGAAGAAAAAAAUGGAAGUCACAACAUACUUAUCUCUUUUGGCUAUCUACCUCAUUUUAUUAAAUCACCAAGUUACCUUUGCACAAGACAAUCCCCUAAUCAGCAAAGUCUGUGCAAACUUACCUAACAAGGAACAAUGUGUGUCGAUCCUUUCUUCGGACAAACUGAGCCAACAAGCGACUCUAAAAGACCUGGCUAUGAUAUCACUAAGGGUGGCCGCUUCAAAUGCGACCGGGAUACUAUCUGAUGUGAAAAUGAUGAUCGACGAUCCAAAUUUGGAUCCGGGAAUUCAACAAGGUUUGGCUGAUUGCAAGGAGACUUUAUUGGAUGCAGAAAGCCAGCUUGAGGAUACCGUGGCAGCUCUUUUGUCAAAUGCCAAACAUGAUGCUCAAUUAUGGUUGCAAGCAGCUUUGGCUGCAAUUGAUACAUGUGAUGCUUCAAUACCUGGUGAUGAUGAUGUUCUCUCUACAAAGAGUAGAUCAUUUCGUCAAUUGUGCAACAUUGCUGUUGCCGUUAAUAAGGCUAUGACAGAUGGGGAUAAAGCCUAAAUUAUAACAUUACAACAUUUUUUGCUUUUCUCUUAAUUUGUCUCAAUAAUUAUGAAUUUUUUAGAUUCAUUCAACAUUGUGAUUUUGAAUUUUGUUUUGUGAGGAAGAUUGUGGUUUUGAAUUUUAAUUUAGACAAUAAUAA